GUGUGCCUCACUUAUAACUUGUGUAACGAUUUUCAUUUGGUGAUCUUGCAGUCUAGCCAUGGAGAGGGUUUCAUCAGCUCCAGAAAUGGAUGAUGUUAUCUCAACUGAUCAGUCAAGCAGAUCAACAAAAAGAAGGGCUAAAGUUUGGGAUUAUGUUGAUUCAGAGCUAGUAGAUGGGAAAGAGAAGGCGAUCUGCAAAUACUCUGGUAGAAUUCUUGGAAAAAAUAGGACAUCACUAUCUCCUGAAACACUUGAAGCUUUAGUCUGUGCCAAAGACUGGUUGAUUGGAUUCAAUGAUGAAGAAGAAGGUGAACCAAUGACAGGAAAGCGAAUGUUUGAUUCAGAUGAUGAAGAAGAUGAUUGGGAAAUUUGAUAUUUAGGUCCAAUGAGCAGAUGUUUAGUAGAAUAGCCUGUUGUUGAGUGUAGCAAGAUCAAUGAUUCAGUGAUA